AUGAAAACUUUUGGAGAGCUUGUUACGCAAAUCAAGCGCGGUCUUAUAGAACUUUGUGAUGAUUUAAAUGGUCCAGGUGCUGCACAAGCUCUUGGUCCAGCACAUGCUUACGGAAAGAGUUUCUUAAUCCUUCAAUCAGUUAGAACUCUCCAAGAAGCAAUCCAGAAACAAGAAACUCAUCUUAAAGCAUUAGUUGGAAAGGAAGGUGCUCCAGGAAGUGCAUCUCAAUCAAAUGAUACAAAGACAUGGAGAGUUGUUGAUUCUAUUUAUCAAUCACUCUCUUUAAUCGAUCGUUAUAGACAAGAUCCUUCUAGAUAUACUCAUCACGGUAUUGCAGAAUGGCUUAAACAAGAAGCAACUAACAGUGGACUAAGUUCAGACAUUUUACCAGGUCCAAAUGGAAAAGAUGAACUUAAUAUCAGUGGCAAUGGAUUUCUUUUAGAACUUCUCGUUGAAAACCAAGAAAAAAUCAGCUCAGCAAGAUUAACUCUUUCAUAUGGAGGAAGAAAUGACGUUUAUGAUCUUCCAGAGAUUGUAGAAUUUUUUGAUAAUGAUAAUCGCUCGCACAUGUCACAUCUUUUCUCCAUUGCAGCAAGAUUAGAUUCAAUUGAAAAAGAAUCUCAUGAAUCACAUGCGACACCAAUACAGUUAUUUACUAUUCCUAACUGCCCAAUUGAUUUUAAAAUGUCAUUAGGCGGUUUACACUUCCCAUUUGCUGAUAAAUUCGAAGCAUUGUUAACUUAUGACUAUUUUGAGCAAAACCAUCAUAUGCCAAUGAUCGUUGUUGACCCACCAAUCAUAUUCCCUGUCUCACAAUUGAAAGAUAUCCAAGAUAAGUGUGGAAUCAGAUUUAAUAUCGAAUUUUUGGUUUCAUCUACGAUAUCUCAGAUGAUACAAUUGAAGUCCGAUGUAUACGGAACCGUUGGUGGCAAGACUGUCCGCUUAAUCCUCAAUGAUAACGAAUCAAGAAAUGGAAAUUGCGUACAUUCCGUUAAAUUGGCCAGAUUACCACUCGGCAGACCUGAGUCGUUCCCAGAGAUUAUCUCAAUCCUCAAGAAAGCCGCUCUUUGGUGCUCAAUCAUAAUUGAGGCUUUUUCACAGACAGAAGAAGACGUUAAGACAAAUACUAUGGUCGAUAUCGCUCCAAUGAGUGAUUUCUCUUUGGCCGCAAACUACUGGGUUGGUGAUAGACCAGCUCAUAUCCGCAUUCGCGUUUCCCAGGACGGAGCAUUAGAUACAGACAAUGACCAGAUUAAUUCCCUGCUUACUCCUGAUGCUACAUUCCCCGAUAUUAUUUCUGCUAUUAUUCAAUAA